UUCAGAAUGGUGUUUUGCAGUCCAUGCAGGAUGGACUGCAAACACCACAACCCCUUGAUCAGUGGGGCCAGUCCCUGGUCCCACAGGUCUUCUACAGUCCGUGGACAGACUGCAGAAGACUCUUCUUUUAUAUUUUCUAUAUUAUAUAUAUUUUUUUUAUAUUAUCUGUAUCUGGUUUUCCAUUAUAUAUUUAUAGAUUUCAGAAUAUUUUAGUGAUGGAUUUUUCUACUACUAGUACUAUUGAAAAUAAUAUUACAUAUGUAAUAAUAUAAAUAUGGAUCAAAAUAAUGAUAUUAUAUUUUCAUGUAAAGUGUAAACAUAUUUGAAGUCCCAUUAUGAAAAUCUGUUUUAAUUGUUUUACGUCCUUUUUGUUUUUGACAUCAAUGCAAUGCAAUUAAGUUUUCAUAAAAUUUUGUUAUAAUAUCCUCUUAAAAAAAUCUGCUUUAAGUUUACAAUUUUGUACUUUUUAAUUUUAUUUUCAUGUUUUUUUCUUGAUUUUUAAUAAACUUUUUACGGUGAUACCAAAUGAUUAGAAGUUUCAAAUGAAGUAACGAAAAAUAUGCCUUUUAUGGAGUUGGGGCAAAGGUAUGCUAAAGGAGAAUAUUGUAAGCGAUGCUAUCUUGAUAACACCACCUUAUAUUGUGGCAAUUUGACCAAGUGGUAUUCCCAUGAGGACUAUGAGGAGAUACCCUCUUAGACGAGAUUAACGUGUUUGUUAGAUUUGUUGAUUUGUUCGUUGUAUUUCUCAUCCAAAUUUCAUGGAGUCUCAAACUUCCAAAUGGGUGGUAGAAAGAAAUAUCCAAUGUACAACCACAAUAUACAAACACUCUCUUUAUGUUAAAGUUUUCAGUCUUAAUGUAAACUAGUAGCUAAUUCUACCGAAUUGAGUCCCUAGUAAAGGUUAUAUCUUAAUCUAUUCGACUUAGAUUCCAAAU